AUGGACAAUCUGGACAUGCCACCGGCUCCCACGCCGCCCGUCAACAACAUGAGCAUGCCCUCCAGUACCGAACGCACUGCCAACCUGCUCAACUUGCUCAAGUUCAGCGGUGGCCCGGGUCCCUCGCAGCUGCAGAACCAGGCUGCGCGCGAGCACGCCCAAGCCCACGCUCAGAGCCAGCAGCAGCAGCAGCCUCAGCAGCCGCAGUCGCAGCCGCAAUCCCAGGAUGAUGACCGCCAGUCGCCCGAGCCCCAGGAGCAGCAGAUGUCUCCGGAGCAACAGCAGCUCCAACUGCAGCAAUUCCAGCAGCAGUUUCAGCACCAGCCCAACAUCAUCCAGGGUCCCUUUCCUGCUCAGAUCCAUCAGCCUGCUCCCGCUGCAGCUGACCCUACCGGUCUCUUGGCUGCUUUGAUGCGUGGUGCGCACGAGGCCGAGGAAGCCAAGCAGCAGCAACCCCAGCCGCCGCAGAACUCCUUCGGCAAUGGUUCGCCUCCUGCUGAUACGCGAUCCUACCUUCUCAACCUGCUCAAUCGCCCCAAGCCGAGCCAGGGCGAGCAGCAGCCUAUGCUGACCGAGUCGACGCGCUCCAACAAUCUCACUCCGCAGUCUCCCGAGAAUACUGCUUCUGAGCCUGCCCGUUUCCAGGGCCCCUACCAGCAGCACCAUUAUUCUCAGCAGCAAAGCUUCCAUCCGCCUCUUGUUAACCCCUACUCGAACCCUCAGCACUACCCGGCCGAGUCGUAUGCCGAUGUCGCACACCCGCCUUCCAAUGCUACCGAGUCCUACUACACGCCUUCGCAGGAGGCGCCGGCUGAUGUCUCUGCUGCUCUCUACCAACAGUUGAUGGGCACCUUGCAAGCUCAGUCGUCUCCUCAUAGCCACGCUACUCAUUCACCUAGCGGCUCCAUGCCCUUCCAGAUUCUGAAGAAGGAUUCGCCUGCUGCUUCGCAGCACUCGAUGCAUGGCAGUGACCGUGGUAGCUAUGUCUCUCCCCAUCAGAUUCGUCGCAAGGCCACUCGCACUUCGUCUCUGCACUCUCACCCGUCGAUGAAGCACGGCACCCCUCCCACUUCCGAGUUCGAGAACCACGUUCCCGUCGAGCAGACCACCGAGACUGUUGCAGAGGCUGUUGAGGAUAUCGCCGGUCAGGUUGACCAGGACGCCCGCGAGGCGGUGGAGCGUGCGGAGCAUGAGCAGGCCCAGGCUGAAAUUGCCGAGGACCUUGACGACAUGCUCAAUGCCAAGUCCGAGAAGGAAUUCGAAGACAGCGCUCAAGCCGCCGCUCAGGCUAUCCAGGCUGAGCUCGAACGUGACGACAAUGAGGGUAUCCUCGAGGAUAAUCUUCCAUCUGACGUUGCCGAGACUGUUCGAGAGAUUGUGGAUGAGGCCGCCCACGGCGUUGCUGAUAGCUGGGAGAGUGCUGAUCAGGAUGAGAUUGUUGUCAUUGAAGAGAAGGAGACUCCUCCCGUCAGAGUCUUCAACUUCCCGAUGAAGCCUUGGAUCUCCAUCACUCUUCAGGAGGAGGGCACUGAGCCUCGCCCUCUUUUCCGCGACGAGACUAUUAUGGAUAUCGCUCGUCUCAAGAAGGAGUUUGACCAGAUCGAUCGCAACCUGUACACCGCCACCGAGAACUACAUGGCUUACGGCAUGUCGAAGCAGGGAGGUCUGCGUGUCAUCCGCCAGGAAGAUGGCAAGGACGCCAAGAUCUUUACAGACACCAAGGAUCGCAUCUUCAACGUCGCCAUGUCUGUCACUCCUCCCGACCACAACGGCGCCCACCGAGAGGCCAUCAUUGGUACUGGUAUCAGUGGCACCGUCUACUGGGUCCAGAUUCGUGAGGGUGAGAAGGACCACAUUGAAGAUACCCACAUGGAGCAGUACGGUUUUGCGCUUCCCCCCAUGAGCUCCCAGGAGGGUGACGCCCCUGGUGGUGUGCUCAAGACGCGUGCUCGCACUUCGACCAACCACCCCGAGUACUUCGCCGUCGGCCGCGGCAAGUCCAUCAACCUCAUCUGGCCUUCCUACAUCCUCCAGAACAAUCUGUUCAAGCCUGGCCAUGAUCGAGUUGUCGACACCGAGACUCUUGCCAAGCAGUGCUCUCUGAAGAUCAACACUGGCAAGGCGGGUAAGGAUUUCACCUUCAGCCAGGAUGACACUGUCAUUGUAUCUCUUGACAAGUCUGGUCGGGUCAAGUUCUGGGAUGUUCGAGACCUGACCGCCGUCAAGGAGGACUCCGACCCGCGUGCCCCCAUGCCCGCCCAGACCUCUCUCGAGGUCAAGGAGCCCCUCAUGACGCUCGCUACCACACCCGAGGGUGAGAAGGCCUGGCCCACCUCUGUCUUGCUACUGGACAAGCAGCGACCCUAUCAGAAGCGCUGUGCCCUUCGGUACAUGAUCGUUGGUAUGAAGCAAAACCACACUCUCCAGCUUUGGGAUCUUGCUCUCGGUAAGCCCGUGCAGGAAUUCAACCUCCCUCACAGCAAGGAGUCGGACGCUGUCUGCAGUGUCAUGUAUCACCAGGCCACUGGCAUGAUUGUCAUUGGUCAUCCCACGCGCAACUCGAUCUACUUUGCACACCUCUCGGCGCCCAAGUAUAACCUGAAGAGUGUCUCUCAGGCUGAAUACAUUCAGCGCCUUGUUGCUCAAGAUGCCUCGAUUCCCCAGCCAGAUAGUACCGCUGUCAUCAGUGGCGUCCGCGAGUACUCUUUCGCCAACCGCGGAAUCCUGCGCAGUCUCGACAUCCUCGGCACGCCCGCCAUGGUCCAGGACGUCGACGAACCAACUCUGUUUGAGCUGUACGCCAUGCACUCCAAGGGAGUGGCCUGCCUCCUCGUGAAGCAGACUGAGCUCGGAUGGUCCAAGGACAACAAGGUCCUCGACGCUGUCGACGCCGUCAGCCAGAAUGUUGUCACGGUUUCUAAGCUUAAGGCGCCCCAGCCGGCCGAACCUGUUGUUCCGACCAGCAACGGGGAGGCUACGGUCCGGGUUGUGAACCGUGGAGCUAAUAAGGAUACGCUCCUCGCCACCCCGCAGAGCGACGCGACUCAGCGUGGACCCGAGUCUGCCCAGGCCGUCAAGCUCAAGAACGAGCCGAAGGAGGCUGAGACGCCUAUCCAGUCGGCUAAGGAAUCACAGUCGGAGAAGCCCGAGCGCAAGUCUCGGAAGAAGAAGAACGCUGCCAACCAGGGCGAUGCUUCAACCAACGGAGCCACUCCUCGCUCUGGCAAGGACGGCAAGGGUGCAAACAACGCAGUCGCCCCCGGAGUCACCCCCGAGGCGCUAGAGUCUGCCAUCUCUGGCCUUGAGGCUCGCCUCAACGCCAACAUGGCCGAGACUCUCAAGAACUCGUUCAAGAACCUCCACGGCAAGAUCGAAGAAGAUGUUCGUGUUCGAGAUGAGAAUUUCAACCAACAUCAGCUUAAGCUGCUCGACAUGGUCUCUGAGGUGCUUAAUGAGAACACCCAGAAAGUGUUGGAAGCCCUGAUCCACCACCAGUUUACUGAACUGGUCAUCCCGGCCAUUGGCGAGAAGGCUGGCGCGGCAGUCACUGACCUGCUCAACAACAAGCUUCAGCCUCAUGUUUCUUCGUCUGUCCAGAAGGAGAUUCAGAGCUCCCUGCCUCACGCGCUGAACAGGUCUCUGCGCUCUGGCGACUUUGUCAAUGCCAUUUCUGACCGAGUUGGUGCUACUGUUGCUACCAGCAUUCAACAGGAGGUGUUGGCGACGCUGGCACAGCGACUGACGCCUACUUUCACUAACAUUACCACUCAGGCGUCGCAGCGUGUCGCCAGCGAGCUACACCAGCAGUACCAUGAGCAGUUUGAACAGAUGAAGGCCCAGCAUGUUGCAGACGCGGCCAAGAUCGACCAGCUGCUGUCUUACGUCACUCGCCUGACAGACAUGGUCUCGACCAUGGCGGCUUCUCAGUCGUCUCUUCAGGCCGAGUUCCUCAAGUUCAAGCAGCAGCCCGUCCACGAGCUUCCGGGUGUUCCCCAGAACACCGGUCACGGACAACACAAUGUUCCUCAUCACGGUUACGCAAACUCUGGUCCCCAGAGUCAUGCCCAGGCCAGCCAUGCUGGCAGCUACCACCCGAGCCAGGCCCCCAGCCAGCCUCAACAGUACAUGGGAAGCCCCCAGUACAUGCGCGGGUCACAGCAAAUGACCAGCCCUCAGGCCUCAGCGCAGGCUUCUGAGUAUGUUGCUCCUACAGCCAGCGUCAGCGCCCUUGCUGGUGCAUAUGCCAGCCAGCGAAACCAGACGGAGCCUGAGGCGGAUCACGACUUGAUGCAGCGCAUCAGAAUCAUUGAGCAGGCUAUUCAGGAAGGACGUUAUCAGGAUGCUAUGAUUCAGUGGAUCCAGAGCGGACGCGAAGAGGAGAUCUUCCGCCGAUGCCUCUGCCGGUUCCCUGCAACCAAAUUCGAAAACCUGCCGCCUCUGAUGUUGCUCGUUGUUAUUGCCACGAUCUCUAAGGAUUUGAAGCCCAAUGCUCGUUUGAAGGAGGAGGUUGAGUGGAUUGAGAUGGCCCUUAGAGCCUUUGCCAGCAAUCUUCCGGUCUAUGAGUGGGAGCAGCAAGGAGCUAGGGAUGUGAUCAAGAGCACAACCCAGACCAUGCAACUCCUUAUCGGCCGCAUCCAGCCUCUCCUCGGUGGAAUCCAGGACGGCUUCCCCACGGAUCCCUUCCUGGCGAACCUCGAGAGAACCAAGCUGGAUUGGAUUGUGCGAACUUCUGAGCAGGUUCUGGACACUUUCGGCGCCCCGAGACGCUACGAGUAA